CCUCCAGCACGCUCACGUCCUUGGCGCAUGUCUGGAAGCUCGGAGGCGCGAGGCGCACUGAGCGGGCGUCUGUGAGGGUGACAGGGCUGUGAGAGAAGCGAGGGGUGACGCCCGGCUUCCGCCGAGGCCCCGUGGCGAUGAGAGGCCCUCAGUGGGGCUAAGGCAGGUGCUGAGGCCAGAGCAGGUGCGAACAGAGACACCUGUUGGGAGCGGGGCGGGCCCCCGCCGAGGUGAUUUCAGUCAGCGCUCGAGGAGGCGAGUCCUGCCAAACGACAGGGAAACGCCAUGACUGCGGACGAGGACCGUGCACACGGGGCGGCAGCCCACGGCCCGAGGCCCCCGACAGCCUCGGGGCUCAGCUCUCCCGUGGCCGCAGGUGAUCACCCACAGUCAGUAUCAGAAAUCCAAAAGGAUUUCCAUCUUCUUGAGCAUGCAAGAUGAGAUUGAGACAGAGGAGAUCAUCAAGGACAUUUUUCAACGAGGCAAAACCUGCUUCAUCCCACGGUACCAGUUCCAGAGCAGUCACAUGGACAUGGUCAAGUUAGCAUCACCCGAGGAAAUUUCUUCGCUUCCCAAAACAUCCUGGAAUAUUCAUCAGCCUGGUGAGGAUGACGUUCGGGAGGAGGCCUUGACAACAGGGGGACUGGAUCUCAUCGUCAUGCCAGGUCUCGGGUUUGACAAGCAAGGCAACCGGCUGGGGCGGGGCAGGGGCUACUACGAUGCCUACUUGAAGCGCUGUGUGCAGCACCAGCAGGCAAAGCCCUAUACCAUGGCUUUGGCGUUCAAGGAGCAGAUUUGCCUCCAGGUCCCAGUGGACGAAAAUGACAUGAAGGUAGAUGAAGUCCUUUACGAAGACUCCUCAACAUCUUGAGUCCUGCGCACUGCAGCCAGAAACAGAGUUUCAUGCCUAAGAAAUAUGAACACAGAAUAUAUGUAUUUUUCUGUCAGGAAUUAGCUGAAAUUGCACACUAAGGGGAACACGGCUCCAUUAUUUUUAGUAUAAUUACAAAAUACAUAAUAUAAAACCACCUUUAAAAACUAAUAGACUUGGGAAUAAUACAACAUUAAUUAAAACGGAGCCCAUCACCGUGGGGGUGGAGCUUAAUGUCAUGUGUGAAUGUGACAAGUUGAUCUUUCCUCUUUUCAGUUUAAGUUAAAUUUUUAUGAGGAACUGUGCUCUGACUCAGAGUGAGGGAGGAAGGUGAGCACAUCAGGAGCGGACGCUGUGUCAUUAGUCCCGUCAUGGGCCUGGUCCGUCUCUGGCAGGUAUGUGGAGACUCACAAUUACUCAUUCAUCCGCCAGUGUUUGCUCUAUGUAUGGAGUUCCUCAAGAACUUUAUUUCUUACCCUUUAGUAGAUACUUGGACAUAGAGUGGGUGUUUGAGAAUUCUUGGGGGGAUGAGUUAAUUGAAUACAUUUAGGAUAUUUUUAUUUACGUGGAUCCAUAUUCUUUGGAUGAUAGCUUAUGAUUUGCUGUUUCAGGCACAAAAAUAAAAACACUUUAAAAAUGUUCA